UUGUCCUAAAAGGAUAACGAGAGAGAGAGAGAGAGAGAGAGAGAGAGAGAGAGAGAGACUAGACAUCCCGCACCACCCUGUAGGUCAGCCUAAUGGAGUGGUGGUCGGCGGCAUCCUCAACCUCAACCUUCCCGAACAGGUCCACUGAAUAGGAGCAGAUCUUGUUUGGACCUCCACCACCACCACCAUGACCCCCACCCCAGCCCCCACCCCCCUUGAGAGUGGGAGUGGCGGAGCGCCCAUGGACUCCUUGGGCGGGGGGAUGGGUGGCCAGAUGGGGACCAUAUCUCUUGGGGUUCUCAUCCAGUACAUCAACCAGAGGACUUACUCGGACCUCCUCAACCUGGCAGAAAUCCUGCCAAGAAAGAGUGACAUGGAAAAGAAGGUUGACAUCGUACAGUACGCCCAGCAGACUCGACAGCUAUACGUGCGCCUCCUUGCCCUCGUCAAGUGGGCUGCCAGUGCCUCCAAGGUGGACAAGUGCUGUCACAUCAUGGCAUUACUGGAGAAGCAGAACAGCCUCUUCACAGACACAGCAGACAAACUUUACCACAUGACUAAGGAAAACCUGGUGAGGGCAAGGCUGCCUCACUUCCACAUUCCUGCUGCCGUUGAGACCCUGACAACAGGCUCCUACAACCGCCUGCCCCUCACCAUACGUCAGCGCAUCCUCCCACCUGAGCCCAUUACAGCCCAGGAGAGGAAGCAGACACUCACUCGUCUGGAGCAGAUCAUCCAGCAUCGCCUCGUCACCUCUGAGCUGCCUCCACAGAUGAGGACCAGCAGGAUAGAGAAUGGGCGAGUGCGAUUCACCGUGGACCACGAAUUUGAAGUGAGCCUGACCCUGAUGGGAGACUCGCUCUCAGAGCCUUGGAGACUGCUAGAGAUUGAGGUGUUAGUGGAAGACAAAGAGACAGGGGACGGCAAGCCACUUGUCCAUCAGAUGCAGAUUGCCUUCAUCCACCAGCUCAUCCAGUCACGCCUACAGGAUAACCCCAACCCUCUGCAGGAGACUUACAUGGUCCUUCACUCCUUCUGUCAGUCUUUGCAGCUGGAGGUCCUCUUCACCCAGACCCAAAAGCUGCUGGAGGAUCGGUUAGAUUCUCACAUUCGCAUUGAGGAGUACAUCCAGGGGCGCUCCCUCACCCUGACCUACUGGCGUGAGCUGAGCCAGCAUGACCCAUCCUCUCAGCUGGGGUACAGGCUCACUGUGCAGGCUGACCCCACCCAGCCUUCCAAGCCGCUCACAGUCCUCCACACACCAUGCCUCGGUUCCAAGGAGUCUGAGAUAGCAGAGCGAGCCAUCCGCAGCGACCACCUGUCCAUUGAGCGGCUGCUAGUGCACACCAUUUACCUCAGGACCAAGGCAAGGCUGUCAGAGCUUAAGCAGGAGCUUGAUGCCAAACUAGGGGCUGAUGCUGAGAAGUGUCAAUUGAGUGGGUCACCAGCAGUGCUUCAUGUACCAGUCCUGCAACCCAACUUGAGGUCAGAGCAGCUGUUGGUGACCGUGGACACGCACACUGGGGUACUUCUCCCAUCAGUGCCCCAGUAUGACAGCUGCCCCAUAAUCCCCGAGCUGCAGGUGGCCCUCAACCAUGAUCACUCCAAGCUCCAUGAACUCAUCUCUGAGCUGAGGUACUGGCUGAUGGUGCGGCGGACAGAGAAGACGCUGCAGCACCUCCCAGCCACGGCACAUGAGCGGCUACCCCUCAUGUACUACACCUCCCACCCCCUCAAUGCCCUCUCCAAGCACAAAGUGUUCAUCACCUUCCACAAACACCCAGGAUAUGUUGUGAUUGUGGAGUUCAAGGAGCGUGAGAGCAGCCCGUGUGAAGUGGAGCAGAGCCUUUACUUCAUGGUGGUGCGGCAGGCCAGCAUCGAGGAUAACCCAGACGAUGACACAAUACAGACAUCCAUCCCGAAGAGUUACCUGCGAGCCUACCACCUGGUCAAGUUAGACUCAUUUGUGUGCACCCAUGGCCCCUCCACCAAGGUUGAUGUAGUCGAGCCAGGGGAACGAGCACUGGGGGGCAAACGAAAGCUGCUGCAGCGUGGUGAGCCUGCCAGUAAGCGGGUGAAGGUGCCAGCAUACUUCCUUCCUGAUGUGGCACAGUGUGUGGCCAUGACUGAUGUGAAGUUGCCCCUCACUCACCUCUCUCUCAAGUUGCGUUUACAUGGGGUCUUCAACACCGGGGAACAGAUAGAGGAGGGAGGGAUGGGGGUACUGCUGCGUCUCAUUGACCUGCCCAGCACCGAGGGGCUGUCCACCAGCACCACCCUGGCCCUUCGCAAGCACCUCCUGUCUGCCUCCAUCCGCAUGCAGGUGGCAGUGGCCUGGCAAUUCACAGGGUCACGAGUGUUUGGAAUGGAGUACCUCUUCACUAACUGCCCCGUGGUGAGCCAACACUCGCGGGAACAGGGUCCACGCCGGGCCUGCUACUUCACCUACGACGUCACUGGUGCUGAAAAUGUGAACACCACUGUGGAGGCAAUCUUGGCUGACUGGACUUCCAUAGCCAGGCUCUACCAACUUGUGCUACAGUUUGCGGCUCAGCUGAAAGCAUCCAGAGGUGUGUGGGGGAGCCUAGCUGGUGUGGAGUCAGCUGGAAGCAGUAGUAGCAGCAUCAGCAGCAAUGUGCCAAACCCCAAGACACUGAAUGAGAUGGUCAGAGUGCGUUCGUUCAACUACAAGUCCAUCACACUCUCCUACGGGCCCAGCUUUGAUGCCUACUGUGUCCUACGCUACGUGCCGGAGAAGAAAGCCUUCACUGUCAGCUUCGGCAUGAGUGGCGAGGGAGUGUGGGCCACAAAUCCACACACCCUGAUGCAGGAGCAGCUACAGGAAUUAGUCAACCGGAACGGGGUAAUGGGGCUGGUCGACCUGGCCACCACACUGCACCACACCUACCAGCCCCUGCUCGCCAUCUCGCAGCUCUCACCGACCCUCCACUUGGGAGUCAUUGAUAAGCAGAAGAAUAAUCCCAUCAAGAACUUUAUGGUGCUGCCCCAAUCACCAACGCGUGUCAACAUAAUCUACCGCAACGUCUACUCCCUCAACGUUGACCUGCUGCAGAAUGGCCUUGUAGCACUGAGAGAUGGCGCCUACAGCAGUUUCGACACCUCCAAGCUGAUUGAGGAAUUCAUUCAGAUACAGGGACUCAAGGCUUUCCUAAGUAAAUAUGUUGAUGAGUCAGCCAUCAACAUUCGUCGGUCUCAGUCUGAGGAGGAGAACCCUCCCACACCCAUUCCCCUGGAUGAUCCCCUCUGGCCCACCCACAAGGCAGCCUCCCCUGCCCGCCACGGCCCGAUGACUCCUCCCAUCAGCUCCAACCCCCACACCCCUGCCAGCCCUCACCCUGCUGGCAUCACACAGACCAGUGGACAUGGAGGAGGGUUUGUGGCCAGCCCAGCAGCAACAGGCUUUUCCCUAGCCUCCCCACCACCCCUGCCAGGCAUGAACCCUUCCCCUGCCAUGCUGCCCCACCCUUCGCCCAGCUCAGGCUUCCUGGGAUCAAACUCCCCAUCUGCAGCCCAGCAUGGUGUCUCAUCCCCUGGGUUUCUGGUGCCUUCCCCUGCUGGGCCUCAUUCAGUGCCCAUGCACUCGCCAGCUUCAGCCAUGAUGCAUGGUGGUGCUGGUAGUCUGGGUGGUGGCUGUGCACCCAGUCGAGUGCUGCCCAACAAACCCUACGCCGCAGCUGUCCCAACCACCCUCACCCACGAUGCCUUCCACACGCUGUGCUCCCCAACCCCUAUGGAGGAGUCUGGAGGUGAGAACACCAUCCAGUGCCUUCUGGAGCAGUUCUUAGGAAUCACUUACCUCAAGCGUCACUUUCAGCAGCUUUGCGAGGGCUGUGAAAUGAUGAAAGCAGUUAAUGGAGUAGAGGCAGGCAGCAUUCAGUUCAAGACAGAGACAUUGGUGUGCCAACUCCUGGUACAGUCAAGUCCCACCUACAGUUUGGUCCUCAAGCUGCAGUCCUCACCUGAACAAUCUGAACACUGGACUCAGGAGGAACUGCAGACCAUAGAGAAGUUUUUCCGCAUGAAGGUACCCAUUCCUCCUUAUAGACCAUAUGCUGUUCAGUCUUUCUACAACAUCCUCAAGUUCUCUGCCAGAGUGCUCAGGGACUGCAUCAAGCUGAUGCAGAUGGAACUGAAUCCCAGCCCUCAGCUUCAGCAGCAGAUGAAGUGGAACAUACAGUGGUGCCUCACCAAUCCUCCAAUAGGGCACCACAUUGCACCCCCUGGCCUCCAGAUAGUGGUGGUAUCUCGCAGUAAAAUCCUACUUUAUUUCCAACUGACUCGCAUCAACACCAGUGGGAGUGGUGACGAUGGGUCUGGGUGUGUGAUGCUGCCAGUUGUAUAUGACAGUGUCACCAACAAGACACAGAUGGCUGAGAACCGGCAGCCUGGAGCAGCCCCCACACUCACCAAUCAGGUCAUCAUCAAUGACAUAAUGGCCCGUGCUCAUCUCCAGACUGGGGAGCUUUCUCUUUACCCCUACAUGAGGGAACUGGUGUGUGGCCUGGCACUUGGUCCAGAUGGGGCUGCCCUUGCUGUUGGUCCCCCACCUCAAGUACCAUCUUCAUCUUCUUCCACUGUCACCCCUGCCUUAGGCUCCCCUCACUUGACUUCACCACAUGGAGCUUCACCCCACACCCCUGGCUCCUCAGCUGCCUCUGUGCAGGCCUCUGUCCCAUCGCCAGCCAUGAUGUCCAACGCUGGCACAGUUACAUCAGCCUCGGCACAUUACACGUGCCCUAAACCUGUGUCCAGUGUGAGCCAUGGCAUUGGCACUAUGCCAGCCAUGGCUGGAGGCAUGAGUCAAGGCCACAUGACCUCCAUUGCCAGUGGGAUAAUGCAGAGUGGCCCUCGCUCUCUCCAGCAACCAGGCCAAAUGACCAUGGGGCCUGGGGGCAUGCAGGCUCAUGCAAGCAUGCAAGCUGGCCCGGGCAUGCAAAGCAGUCAUGGCAUGCAAACUGGUAUGCAAGGAGGUCCUGGGGGAAUGCAAACUGGUGGUAUGCAGGGACCAGGGAGUAUGCAGGCAGCCAUGCAAGCCAGUCACAGUAUGCAGACAGGUCCUGGAGGCAUGCAGGGCCCAGGAGGCAUGACUGGACCAGGGGGCAUGCAGCCAGGCAUGCAGGGUGGGCCUGGGGCCAUGCAAGGACCUGGAGGAAUGCAAGGUAGCCAUGGAAUGCAAGGAGGACCUGGGAAUAUGCAGGGACCUGGGUCCCUAGGUGGGCCUGGAACAAUGGGAGGCCCUGGAACCAUGGGGCCUGGAGGUCGGCAAGGAGGCUUUGGUGGGAACAUGAUGAAUCAGUUUAACCGAUGAGUCCCGCUGGUGGUGACCUUGUGCGUCAGUUACAUAAAUUCCAUUAUGCCAAAGGAGAGUGGUCUGAAGAGAUUGUUUAGUGUAUCAGUGGCUGAAUUUGAAAUCCCACAUGGACUGUAUAGUGGUUGGGUCUUGGGAAGGAGACCAUCAUAGGACUAGAAGAGCUGAUUGGUGCAUUAUCAAAACCAAUAAACUGUACAGUAUUGAUUGAUCAUAAGUCAAUUAUAAUUUUAUUUAAACCAUUUUUUGGUAAAUAUUUUCUGGAAAAUAUUCUUAAGACUUUAAAUAAAGAUUAUCAUUUUC